AUGUAUCUUGUUUAUUUUCUUUUAUUGCAAUUUCUUUUAAUCUCAAAAGCGCAAGAUCAUGUAUUUAUUCGAGAUUACUUUGUACAUAAGAAGGUGCGAAACGUCGUGGGCUUUUCUUGUGGCGAUAUCGCGGGUGACUUCAAUCUUCUGAAAAUGUUGAGCACCACAGGCAUAUUUACGAUAAUAGGGGAACCCAGCGUGAAGAUCAACUUUCGUAGAUUUAUGAGGAGCGAAGCUUGGACAGUUGGUGUCGUAAUCGAUUUACGUUGUCAUAAUGAAACUGCUGCGCGAAUUUUUGCAGAGAGUUCAAAGUAUCGAAUGUACGAUUAUUCGUAUAAUUGGCUAAUAUUGAAUUCGAAUUACAAUCACAGUAUUUCGCUCUUGAAUGAUACUGCUUACAACAUAGUAACGGAUGUUGUUCUCGCUAUACCGAAUAAAAAUGGUUAUGAUCUGUAUGAUGUUUUUAAUCAUUGCAAAUAUCGCGGUGGUGCAUUAAAUAUUACUAAACUUGGUAUAUGGCAUCGUAAUUCUGGAUUGAAGGUAUUUUUAACGCAGCCAUUAAUUAACAGAAGGGCUAAUAUGCAUGGAAUGAGAUUGAAAAUAUCUGGUGUGAUUCAAUACAGGCCAAAAAAUAUGCGCUUGGAAGAUUAUAUGCAGGAUAUAAAUACGAGAUCCUUGGAUAGUAUGCAUAAAUUUGUACAUGCUAUGAUUUUGCACACAGGAGAUCUUUUUAAUUUUAGUGUUCAUGCUUCAGAAAUAAUUUACUGGGACAGGCACAGCGUACAUGGUUUGAUUUUCGAAUUCUUACGGUCGAAUUACAUCGAUUUCGCUAGUAAUCCGAGAAUUAUGGUGUCUGAACGAUUGGAUUAUGCUAGUCUUAUUGGCGCAGCGUGGCCAAUUAAACCCUGCUUCAUGCUGCUAUCGACUUCAACGAAUAAAAUCAAGUUAGAAAUCUUCUUGAAGCCCUUCACACGGCAAACGUGGUAUGUAUUUGUUGCUUUCAGCAUAUUCUCCAUAUUCAUUAUGAAAAUAAUAAUGAACCGAGAGGAUCUUGGUAAGAGAGAGAAAUAUUCCGGUGCAGUGGUAUUAUCUAUAGGAAUUGUAUCUCAACAAGGUGCAAAUAUCUUGCCAAAACGAUUACCAAGCCGUAUAGCAUUGUUUCAAAUAACUAUACACAGUUGGAUAAUGUAUAAUUAUUACUCCGCUAGUAUUGUCUCGGCUCGAUUAAGCGAACCCCUCGAUAUGAUGGAAGAUUCUGUAACUGUUCUUGCUGAUAGUAAUCUAAAAAUUGCUGCAGAAGCUGUACCGUACCUAAAUUACUUUCUGUAUAGAUUGAACUGGGAGUCGGAUUAUUUUCGCAAGAAACGUUGGGAUCCUCUACCGGAAUCAAAAAGGUAUCUACCAAUAGAAGAAGGUAUCAGACAAGUAAGUCAAGGUAUUUUAGCGUAUCACACGGAUCCCAAUACAGCGUACCCUUACGUCGAAAGAAUGUUUGACUCUAAUAAAAUCUGCGAAUUGACGGAAAUACAUUUAUUUAAACAAUCAGUGAUGGGAAUGUAUGCUAGUCACAAUGGACAGUUCAUUGAAAUAGCAAAAAUAGGAUUAACAAAGAUGUUUAAUACUGGACUUCGCGAUCGGCAAAUCAAACAUUGGUCGUCUAGAAAGCCGCAGUGUCAACCUGAUACGUUGUCAACAAGAAGCAUCACAAUCUACGAAACUGCUCCAGCUUUAAUUUUAUUAACAUUUGGAAUAUUCGUAGCUGGAAUUAUUUGUAUCGUAGAAAAUAUUGUUUACGAUCGUUCGAUGAGGUGA